GACACCAGUACUACUUAACCGGAUAGAAAAAUAUCCAGAAACUGAAAAUCAGAGGAAAGGCUUCCAUGGAUAAGGCAACAGAGGUUUUCAAACUAUGCCAAGAAGAAUCGGCGAGUGUGUCGCAACUCACUGUUCAUCCUCACCGAGUCGGGCUUGGUCCCAGCUUCUAUGAAAAGUUCGCCUUAGGAGGCAUCCGAGUCGACCGAGUGGAGCCCGGUUUCGUCUCUUGCACUUUCAAGGUCCCUCCUCGCCUCACUGACAGAAGCGGGAAGUUAGCGACGGGUGCAAUUGCGACUCUGGUAGAUGAAGUAGGUGGUGCGGUAGUGUACGUUGAAGGUCUGCCCAGAAAUGUGACGGUGGAUAUGUCUAUCUCCUUCCUUUCCACUGCAAAUGUCAAUGAUGAGUUAGAGAUUACUUCAAAAGCUUUGGGACGAAAAGGAGGCUACACAGGAACUCUUGUUCUUGUUAAGAACAAAGCAACAGGGGAGUUAAUUGCUGAAGGUCGGCAUUCAUUGUUUGUUUGAAGUGGAAGUGGUGAAGCUAAGAUUUUGAAGAAUAUUGCUAGUUCAAUCAAUAUAUUCUCAGCUGCUGGUCCAAAUGUCAGAUGGGUUGGAACUUGGAAGUGAAAAUGGAUUUGCUUCAAGUGCAUACUGACAUACUGUUGGUUCACCAUUAAUCCAACUUCUCUUUCCGUGCGCAAUGGAAGUAUUAUUGAUAAUGUAUUAUUCUAACUCUCUAAUUCCAAUUAAGCAAAUUAUUUUCCAGUAA